UGAUGUAUUUGAAUGAUUUCAUCGACAACAUGUAUCAUAGAUUAAUGGGUAAUUAUUAAUUUAUCUAUGGUAUAUAUAUCCAAAAAUGACUGUUAACCUAACCACAAAAAUUCAAAUUUGUAUACAAACAUGGAUCAUACUACCGCUGCCCAGUUAAUACAAACAAUGGUAACAUUUAGAAAAAAAAUUCCUUCAAUCAUAAAUGAAGUCAACAAUAAAAUAACGAAACAACAAUUAGAAUAUUUGGAUAGAAUCAAGAUUAAUUUGAAUAAACCAGAAAUUAAUUGUGACAUUCCUGAAGAUAUCUUUGAAAAACUAAAGACAAACCAAAAUGACUAUGCUUUCAACAGAAAUCUUUUCGAACAAUUACAAUUAGUGGAAAUUAUGAAAUCAAAGAAAUCAUCAAUAUCAAAGAUAAUAGAUGCAAUUUAAUGGAAUUUCUUCGUUCUAAGAUAGUGAUUCUCAACCUUUUCUUUGACAUAUUACAUUUUCAAUAACUUAAAAACUUGGUGGUACAUUAACAUUUAGAUAAAUUUAAA